AUGCUCCAGGACAACGAAGAUCGCUUUAGCUUAUUCCCGGUCAAACACGUCGAGGUGUGGAAGAUGUACAAGCAAGCGGUGGCGAGCUUCUGGAACGCGGAGGAGAUCGAUCUCUCCACGGAUCUCCGCGACUGGGGCAAUUUGACGGAAAGCGAGCAGCACUUCAUCUCUCACGUGCUCGCGUUUUUCGCCGCGUCCGACGGGAUCGUCCUCGAGAACCUCGGGCUGCGAUUCCUGAAGGACGUGCAGAUGCCGGAGGCGAGAGCCUUUUACGGCUUCCAGCUCGCGAUGGAGAACAUUCACUCCGAGACGUACGGGUUGCUCCUGGAGACGUACAUCAAGGACUCCGUGCAGCGAAAGCAUUUGAUGCGCGCGAUUCAUACCGUGCCGACGGUCGGGAGGAAAGCGCAGUGGGCGCUGCGAUGGAUUCAGAGCUCCGAGUGCUUCGCCGAGCGUCUGAUCGCGUUCGCGUGCGUCGAAGGCAUCUUCUUCAGCGGGUCCUUCUGCGCGAUCUUCUGGCUGAAGAAGCGAGGGUUGAUGCGCGGGCUCACGUUUAGCAACGAGCUCAUCUCCCGGGACGAGGGAUUACACUGCGACUUCGCGUGCUUGCUGUACAGCAUGCUGAAGCACCCGCUCGAACCGGAGCGCCUGCAGGAGAUCGUCAAGGACGCGGUCGAGAUCGAGAAGGAGUUCGUGUGCGAUGCGCUGUCCUGUGCGCUCGUCGGAAUGAACGCGGACUUGAUGUCAGAGUACAUUGAGUUCGUCGCGGAUCGCCUAUUGGUGCAGCUCGGGGUGGACAAGGUGUGGAACACCCCAAAUCCGUUCGACUGGAUGGAAAGCAUCUCUUUACAAGGAAAGACGAACUUCUUCGAGAGGCGCGUCGGGGAGUACCAGCGGAAUGGAGUGAUGGCUAAACAAGAGGACGCAAGCUUCCAGAACUUCCAUUUCACCACAGAGGUCGAUUUCUGACUGAUUUCUGACGGUGAGACAGUUCGUGAAGGCCUCGGAGCUGACGGCGACGGACAUUCAGUGAACACUACUGUAAAACGAACCAACGAAUAGCGACGUUUCGGAAGAAUAUCGUUUGUUUACGAAACGAAACUAGUAA